AUGGGCGCAGCCAUCGGCCUCAAGUUCGUCCAGUGGUUUAUCCGCGGCGUGCAGUUCGCCUGUGCCGCCCUCAUUCUCGCCAUCUACUCGUACAUCCUCGCCGCCCUCUCCAACCACAAACUGUCCAUCAGCACCAAAGUAAAGGCUGUUGAGGGCAUAUCCGGCAUCGCCGUCAUCUACACCCUCUCCGGCUUGCUGCUGCUCUGUUGUCUCGCCGGCCGCACUCUGUCGUCCUUCUUCGCUGUUAUCCUGGACGUUGCGUUUAUCGGCGCCUUCAUCUUUGUCGCUGUAGCCAACAAGGACGGCUCCAGCGACUGUACUGGAACACUCGAUACGCCCUUUGGGACUGGGAAAGCCGGGUCUAAGCCCAAGGCCAGCGAUGGAUUCACAGCUCUUCCCACAUUCCGCUCCGCUUGUAAACUUCAAUCUGCAUGCUUAGCCAUGGCCGUCGUCGCAAUCAUCUUCUUCGUCUUCUCUAUUCUCAUGGAAGUCGCCCUUGCCCGCAAUUACAAUCGGGAGAAGCGCUAUGGUCCCGGCCCGCAGAACGACUACACCGAGGGCUCCGGUCGUAAGGGCGGCUUCUUCGGCGGCCUCUUUAAGCGCAAGAAGGAUCAUAUGGGCGAAGAGGGUGGCGUCCUCCCUGAGCACACGCACCCAGACCAGCUCGGCGUCAACCGUCCUAGCCAUGGUUCCGAGCGCACUGCCGUUGGCGACGACCAGGAAGAGGGCAUCUACAACAAGUACGAUGCCAGCUACGGAUACCCGCUGCCCGAUGCUUCCCAUGGACGACAAGAUGGCUACGGCCAGAUUCACUACCCCGAGCCUGACGACCACAUGCCUCCCCCUCACCAACCGAAUCAUCAACAGAAUUACAGAUAUGACGGUGUAUACGAUCGCACCUAG